AGGAGGAGAGACGCUGCUGCCUGUUUGCUGCAUUUGUGUCCAGUUUAAAAUUCCUCUGGGAUGAAGGCGGAAUGUAUUUCCUGCGUCAAAGUGCACGCUGUUUGCACAUCUGGAUAAAGGAAUAAUCGCUUGUUGCCCCCCGAGUUGUUUCUCCUCUUUUAAAACAAAUACUGGUUGAACCCGUUUUAACGUCUGAAGAGAAGAAACGCUGCGAGGUCACUGAGUGAUUUCUGAGCCUCAUGUGCAUCAUCAGUCUGCAGCAGCACUCCUCUCAAUGUUGCUGCUGUUAAGAUUUUAAGAUCAUUUAAAGAGUUUAAAGGGAGAGUCCAGGAGGUGAGGAGGAGGAAGAGGAAGAGGAGGAGGGAUGUACCUGCUGGACAGUAACUGCUCUGACAGGAUGGAGAGGGGCACGCCUCAGAGGAAGACCGUGUACCGGAUCUCCCUCACCUUGGUGAAGAGGGAGAGUCUGGAUGAUGAUGAGGAUGAAGGUGGGUCAGGAUCCCGGCGGGCGGAGAACCCCAAAGUGGGCUCCUUCAGGCGGGAGAGCUCGGUGGAGAUCCAACGCAGCGGCCUCCUGGAGCAGCUGCAGGAGGAAGAGGACGAGUCUGACGAUCUGUCCUCGUCUCACGGGUACAUGAGGAAGUUCAGGACGUUCAGCACGGGGCAGCUGGAGCUGGGCCGCCUCAAGAUCUGCAGGAAGCAGCACAUGCAGAAGGAGCUGAAGGAGAAGGCCGUCAGCCCGUUAGCUGAGAGCGCACCGGCUCAGAGGCGGGAGGAGGCGCAGGAGGAGGCGCAGGGAGGGAGCGGCGAGCAGGAGACGCAGGAGACGCAGGAGAAAGAGGAAGUUUGUAGUGAAACUCCUCCGCUGGAGAACGGCGUGAACAAGAAGAAGAGACUCCUGAAGGCGAGGAGCAUGGAGGAGAGGAGCAGCGAGCCUCCUCUCAACGGGAGCAUGUCUCACUCUAAGAGCAACGGCAAGGCGGCCAAAGCGUCGUCCCCGGAGACGCCUCCUCUGAAGCGUCCAGCUGGCCUCCUGCGCCGCAGCUUCAGCUUCAGACACUGGACCGGUGGAGAGCUGCUGCGUCUGCGAGCGCUCUCUAAAGAUAAACACCACAGCAGCUCUGGAUGCAUCAGCAGGGAGGAGAGGGAUGCUGAGGCCACCCUGAUGCCCCAGACCCCGACCCAGACCCAGACCCAGACCCCGCACCGCAGCGACCUCACCCGAGAGAAGAGCCGCACGCUGGAAGUCGGCGCCGUCCUCAACAAGACGGACUCCAUGUCAGACCUGAGCCGCUGGGAGCGAGCCCGCGGCAACAAGAACCGCACGCUCGACAACAGCGACCUGCAGCGUCUGGCGGCUGAGAAGGACGCGGGAGGGGCGGGCUUCCUGCGGGGGGGAGCGGGACGGUCCAGCGAGAGGAGGCUGGUUCGGUUCUUCAGCGGGAUUUUCUCCAGGAGAGACGGAACCGCCACCUCCACGCCGCUGGGGAGCCCGAGCACCAACAGGUCACUGCGGCGCGGGCGGAGGACGCAGAGCAGCACGGAGAGCGUUAACGGAGGAAACGCUGACGAUGCGUUUGUGAACAGUCAGGAGUGGACGCUCAGUCGGACAGUACCAGAACUCAAAGUGGGCAUUGUGGGUAAUCUGGCGAGCGGUAAGUCGGCGCUGGUCCACAGAUACCUGACAGGAACCUACGUCCAGGAGGAGUCACCUGAAG